CUUGUAUUAAAACAUGGUGUGAUAUCUUAAACGAACCAGUGGGAGCUGCUUUCUCAUCCGGCAUCAUCAGAUACCCAAACAGCUCUUAUUUAACAACAUUAUCCACCUUUUCUGCUCUUCUGGGAGCUAUUCAGCAGCGUUUAAAGCCACGUGGUGUCGUUAAAAAGACAUUUCAUUAAAGUAUAGGACUGAUAAACAGAGCAGCUUUAACCCGGACCCACCAGCAGACCCGGACCAGUGCUAAGAGCCUUUAAAGUCUCUCAUUGUCCUCAUCUUUAAAAGCAGCUUUGUUUGUCAGACAAGUAAACGAGGAUGGCUCUGUCAUGUGCCCGUCUGUUGACCAGACACACCACUACAGGGCUUCCAGUCUGUGGUUAUGCGACACUCAGUAAAGCGUCCAGACCUCAGGAGAAAACCAGCAGUGGUCCGGUUUUUCAGUACGUCGGCCAGCACAAAAAGCCCACCCACAAGGUGUUUGUUUGGGGCUUCAGCUUCACCGGCGCUCUGGGUAUCCCCAGCUUCGUGGUGCCGGACAGCGGCAGGAAGAAGCCCCGCAAAUACCAGCUGACUCCGUACCGACUGGAGACAGCAGAGCAGAUCUCCUCUGCUGCUUGCGGUUACGGCUUCACUCUCAUCGCCUCGCGGACCAAAGAUGUGAUCAAGCUGUGGGGCAUGGGCCUGAACAAGGACUCCCAGCUGGGCUUCCAACGCACGCAGCACAGCCGACAUCAGAGCUACGACUACGUGUUGGAACCCUCCCCGGUGGCGCUGCCUCUCGGCGAGCCUCUGCAGACCAAAGUGGUCCAGGUUGCAUGCGGCCGCGCUCACUCUCUGAUCCUCACCGACCAGGAGGGAGUGUUCAGCAUGGGGAACAAUGCGUAUGGCCAGUGUGGAAGGCCGAUAGUUGAAGAUGAAGUUUACAGCGGCAGUCACAUCAUUCACAGGAUGGAAGGCUUCGACAGCAGGGUCACCCAGGUGGCGUGUGGACAGGAUCACAGCCUCUUCCUCACGGAGGCGGGGAAAGUGUUUGCGUGUGGAUGGGGCGCAGAUGGACAGACGGGUCUGGGACACCACAACAUCAGCUCCCGUCCGGUGGAGGUGGGAGGGGACCUGUCGGGGGUGGAGGUGCAGCAGAUCACCACGUAUGGAGACUGCAGCCUGGCCGUGUCCACAGACGGACGGCUGUACGGAUGGGGAAACUCUGAAUACCUGCAGCUGGCCUCGGUCACUGAGUCCACACAGAUCAACUCGCCUCGACUUCUUCCUUUGAACGGCUGUGGGAAGGUGGUGCAGGCAGCAUGUGGAGGAACGCAGGUGGCCAUUCUCAACGAAAAAGGAGAGGUGUUUGUGUGGGGAUACGGCAUUCUGGGAAAAGGCCCAGAACUCUCUGAGUCCUCCACCCCGGAGAUGAUUCCCUCCACGCUGUUUGGACGCUCAGAGUUCAACCCGUCGGUAGCCGUCACCAGCGUGCGCUGUGGCCUCAACCAUUUCGCUGCAGUGACGGAUCGAGGCGAGCUCUUCGUUUGGGGGAAGAAUGUGAGAGGUUGUUUGGGCAUCGGCAAGAGAGACGACCAGUACUUCCCGUGGAGGGUGACUGUUCCUGGUCAGGUGGUGGACGUAGCGUGUGGUGUCGACCACAUGGUGGUGCUGGUGAAGUCUCUCCUCUGAGCUCCUGUGUUCCUGCAGCAGUGGAUGGAAGGUCUGGAUGUUAUCCCUGACCCUCCUCCUCCUCCUCCGUCCUCCUCAGGGAGUCGAUCGGAGGCCACGGUGGAGUCUUGAAGCCAGCUGCUCUCCACAGGCGACCCGGACCCUCGCGUCCCUCCGCCCG